AAUUUAACACGUUUAUCGUUCCAAUUCGUAGCAGCUGAUAUCGGAAAACUCUCAAGAGUCUCUGGACACCUUGGACCUAGCUCUAACGAACGUGAUCCAGAAUCUCAUAGAAAUCAAUGGAUCGAACGCAGCAUCGUCAAACUUCGAAAACUCGACCGGUGAAGCUACAGCCAAAGAAAUGGUUUUAAAAAAUGAGUCUGUAUUAAAUACUAUUACCGAAGAGCCAAACGCGGGAGCCUGUAGCGUAGAAACACAGAAUUCGGAGACGUUAAAAGCGACUAACGACAACUUGGACGAAUGUGUCGAAGUGGCCGUCUCCGAGCACGAAGAGCUGUUACCGGUUGUCGUCGACGAUUUCCAGAAGCCAGCGGAAGUGGACGGUGAGAAAGAAGAACUCCCAAGCUCGUCUGUGUCUCACGUCCCCACCGUAACUAGCCCAGCCAGCACGCAGCCUGUUUUCUCUAUUGGACCCUUCCCCCCGUCUACCGCAACACCUUCGAUCGUGAAAAUUGUCCAGUUCAGCGAGCCUCUGAUCGUUGGUCCGUCUAAUCCGUUUUCUGCUCCAGUGUUUGGUGUGCCGAUGUCGGACACAGACGAUCAUUUCGACGGCGUAUCGUUUUCCUCCUCGCUCGACUCGUCCGCAUUGGUCUCGCCAUUUUGUCAGGAGAGCGAGCCGAAAAGCCUCGAGAAACGCGGCACCAGGUCUAUGGAAAGCGUCAUCGACUCGGACAGCGUUUCCGUGGACUCGUCCUCGAGCUUGGAAACUGUCAAAGAGUUCCCUGCCGUGGAACCAGCGUCGUCGUCUUCUCCAGUCGAAGCGGAAAAGAAGGAAAACAUGGAGACACCGAAGAAAGAGGAAACUCCGAGGAAGUUGGAGACCAAGUCAGCUACGACGAAGACUAGAACGCCUGAAGAGGCUUUGGCAGCUAGGGAAGAUAGGCUGAAGAGACUAGAGGAGCAGGCCAAAUGGUUGAUGAACAAAAUGAAUGCCACCAGCAGAAGAGGGUCUGCGUUGAGCACCAGGCUGGAAGAAUUGCACGAGGCCUAUGGGGAACCUCCUGUACCGCCACCUAUGCCGGAUGUACUUCCCAGCCAGAGGUUGCGGACUAAUUUGGCGGAUCUACCUCGACAGGUACCUGAAUCAUCGCCCACCGAAGCUACUGAAAAUACUAUGAAAUCUGUCUCGGACAACAAUUCCAACGAAUCGUCGUCGAGUAAAGCGCCUUAGGAUGCCCAACAUUUUUAUUGUACAAAGGAAACACUGCUCGACGCGUUUAUUUUUGUCGUAGACGUAAACAUGUGUACGUAUCACUUUUUGAAAUACGCUGGCUCUCGUUGUGAAGAGGCUUCGCGUACUGCGAUGGAACAAAAUCUUUGGCUUUGGCGCAACAAUAAACUUAAGACACGACGUAGAAACAAAUCGAUUUUGUAAAAGGUCUACCUUGCGUUGUUUGCGCCCUCUUGCACGCUGAUUUUCACCGAUUUAAAAACUACUUUUCAUAACGAUAUUACUAAUUUUAAGGAAAAAGACUUUGAAAGCAUAUCAUGAAUUCAAAGCGAUUGACGUUUGUAAGUACUUUUAUCAUCAAUGUGCAAUUGUUUAUAUCGAUGUAAAUAAUCUCUCGUUGUUCCUAAUUGCGGAAAAGUAAAAUGUGAUUACUCACGAGUCCGUUCCUGUUUUGUACCUUCUACGAUUGUACCUACUAAUUUCUCUAUGCACAUAAAGAUUCGAUAAGCAUCA